CCGCACCACGUGUCCGCGCUGCCCUUCGCCGGCCCGGCGUGGGAGGCGGCUGCGCGCUCGGGCCGCCCGGGGCUUGCCGAGUCGGCACCGACAAAUAUUUGGUUUCCCUCUUCCCCGGGCUGCUGUAAUCUUAAACCGCCGGGAGCCCGAGGCCUAUAUUUAUAGAGAAACGCGCGUCCCGGAGGCUGCCGUGGGCACCGCUGGGUUGCCUCUGGAAAUUUUUUUGUCAUUCGGAGGGGAGUCCCCGUUUUAAUUUUUUCCCCUUUUUUUGAAAUUGGGAGCUUCAGACCAGGACAGCUGAAAAAAUUACAAACUCCCAGGGAGGGCCAUAUUGUUUUUGAGAGCCUUUUGUCUGCGGUUUGGCAGUCUCGUCCGAACCGUCCCCGAACUCCUCUCCGGCCCUCGGAGCCGACUCCCAGCGUCUCCGAGCUUCACUGCCACCUGUGAGCCGCGGCGUGGGCCACGGCUCCGAGCGGAGCCCCCUUUGUCCUGUGCGGUCCCUCUUAAGAAGUCCUCCUGGCGGGGCUCGGGGUGGUGGGGGCUGGGGAGAUGAACGCUGCGGCCAGCAGCUACCCCAUGGCCUCCCUGUACGUGGGUGACCUGCACUCGGACGUCACCGAGGCCAUGCUGUACGAAAAGUUCAGUCCUGCGGGGCCUGUGCUGUCCAUCCGGGUCUGCCGCGAUAUGAUCACCCGCCGCUCCCUGGGUUAUGCCUACGUCAACUUCCAGCAGCCGGCUGACGCUGAGCGGGCCUUGGACACCAUGAACUUUGAUGUAAUUAAGGGAAAGCCGAUCCGGAUCAUGUGGUCUCAGAGGGAUCCGUCUCUGAGAAAAUCUGGUGUGGGAAACGUCUUCAUCAAGAAUCUGGACAAAUCUAUAGAUAACAAGGCACUUUAUGAUACUUUUUCUGCUUUUGGGAACAUUCUGUCCUGCAAGGUGGUGUGUGAUGAGAACGGCUCUAAGGGUUAUGCCUUUGUCCACUUCGAGACCCAGGAGGCUGCCGACAAGGCCAUCGAGAAGAUGAACGGCAUGCUCCUCAAUGACCGCAAAGUGUUUGUGGGCAGAUUCAAGUCUCGAAAAGAGCGGGAAGCUGAACUUGGAGCCAAAGCCAAGGAAUUCACCAAUGUUUACAUCAAAAACUUCGGGGAAGAGGUUGAUGAUGAAAAUCUGAAAGAGCUAUUUAGCCAGUUUGGUAAGACCCUAAGUGUCAAGGUGAUGAGAGAUCCCAGUGGGAAAUCCAAAGGCUUUGGCUUUGUGAGUUACGAAAAACACGAGGAUGCCAAUAAGGCUGUGGAAGAGAUGAAUGGAAAAGAAAUCACCGGGAAGGUCAUUUUCGUUGGCCGUGCACAGAAGAAAGUGGAGCGGCAGGCCGAGUUAAAGCGGAAGUUUGAACAGCUGAAGCAGGAGAGGAUCAGUCGCUAUCAGGGGGUGAAUCUCUACAUUAAGAACUUGGAUGACACCAUCGAUGACGAGAAGUUAAGAAAAGAAUUUUCUCCUUUUGGAUCAAUCACCAGUGCUAAGGUGAUGCUAGAGGAUGGGAGAAGCAAAGGAUUUGGCUUUGUCUGCUUCUCAUCCCCUGAAGAGGCAACCAAAGCAGUCACGGAGAUGAAUGGACGCAUCGUGGGCUCAAAGCCACUGUAUGUCGCUCUGGCCCAGAGAAAGGAGGAGAGGAAGGCUCACCUGACCAACCAGUAUAUGCAGCGGGUGGCCGGGAUGAGGGCACUGCCUGCCAACGCCAUCUUAAAUCAGUUCCAGCCUGCAGCUGGGGGCUACUUCGUGCCAGCAGUUCCACAGGCUCAGGGAAGACCUCCAUAUUACACACCUAACCAGUUAGCACAGAUGAGGCCUAAUCCACGCUGGCAGCAAGGUGGGAGACCUCAAGGCUUCCAAGGAAUGCCAAGUGCUAUACGCCAGUCUGGGCCUCGUCCAGCUCUUCGCCAUCUGGCUCCAACUGGUAAUGCUCCGGCCUCUCGCGGCCUCCCUACUACCGCUCAGAGAGUCGGUGUUCCCACAGCUGUGCAGAACUUAGCGCCUCGGGCUGCUGUUGCUGCCGCUGCUCCUCGGGCUGUUGCACCUUACAAAUACGCCUCCAGCGUCCGCAGUCCUCACCCUGCCAUCCAGCCCCUGCAGGCACCCCAGCCUGCGGUCCACGUGCAGGGGCAGGAGCCGCUGACCGCCUCCAUGCUGGCUGCAGCACCGCCCCAGGAACAGAAGCAGAUGCUGGGUGAACGUCUGUUCCCACUCAUCCAGACGAUGCACUCGAACCUGGCUGGGAAGAUAACUGGGAUGCUGCUGGAGAUUGACAACUCGGAGCUGCUGCACAUGCUGGAGUCCCCCGAGUCUCUCCGCUCCAAGGUGGAUGAGGCUGUGGCGGUCCUUCAGGCUCAUCAUGCCAAGAAAGAAGCUGCUCAGAAGGUGGGCGCUGUCGCUGCUGCUACCUCUUAGACAAGGACGAACCGAUUCAAAAGCCAAAUAAACCCUCAUGGAAUUCAGCUCAAGGUUUGAAGACUUCCUAGCUUGUCCUAUGGACCUCAACACCAAGAACCGCAAUUGCAAAUUUAAUAGGUCAUUUUGUAUCAAAAGGUCAAUUAUGAAGCACCUAGAAUUUUUCAAUUUAAAGAAUAUAUUCUCUGGGCUCUGAUAUGGCCCAGACAGUGUUAACUUUUCUUUUUCUAUUGUGGGUUUUGAUUUUUUUCCCCCAGAAAUUGGUUUUAUUUGAUGUACCCAAGUCUUAAGUUUCUCAAUAAAGAAAAAAAUCUCCAUAAAAAAAAAAA